GCGCUAACCGUGCAGCAUGGCGGACGAUGGAGACAGUUCAAGCGGACCAGUUGAGUCAAGGGGCGGGCAGGGAUCAUUGGAGGAGUCGGACGGGCUCGGCUUGGGCGGAAUGCUGCUGAAUAUCAGCAUUUUGGUUCUGGUGAUGGUCGUUUGCAUUGCGGUGUACCGGCGGUGGGGCAGGCGGCUCGGCGCCGACGCGGCCCACGGCGACGGGGCCUCGACGCUCCCCAAGAUGCGAAGACGGGACUUCACUUUGGAGCAGCUGCGGGAGUACGACGGGCUCCAGAACCCCCGUAUUCUCAUGGCUGUCAACAUGAAAGUUUUCGACGUGACCAGCGGCAAAAAGUUUUAUGGGAAAGAUGGUCCUUAUGGCAUUUUCGCUGGCCGGGAUGCUUCUAGGGGCCUCGCCACUUUCUGCUUGGAGAAAAAUGCCCUUAGGGACGAGUACGACGACUUGUCGGACCUCACCGCUGUACAGAUGGAGAGUGUGAGGGAAUGGGAAAUGCAGUUUAUGGAAAAGUACGAUUACGUUGGGAGGUUGCUGAAGCCUGGAGACGAGCCGUCGGAGUAUACAGAUGAGGAGGACAUCAAGGACCACCUGAAGCAUGACUGAGCAGUUUUCAUUGCAUUAACCAAAGCCAGAAGCCCCCAAACAGCUGUGACAGACUCCCAUUAAAUUCCCCCCCCCGCCCCUAUGAAUCAGUCUGGUGCUGCAGCUGUUUGCAACAGGGCCGGACUCAAGUCGUCAGACCUCCCGUCAUCGUCCUGCAAAGAUUAUCAACAGAAAGCAAUCAGGAACCUUUAAUGAGGAGCUUCUUUUUGUUGCGUGGGAGCAUAGAUGACUUAGUGCUAUUAGAUGUUUCUGAAACAAAACCCUAAAAUCUUUUCGUCGUUUGUCCGAGUGGGGAAGGUGUUUGUUGG